AUGUUGUUCAAGCAAUUGCUCGCUUUCGGAGCUCUCGCCAACGGUCUGGCUACCCGUCAGGAGAAGCCAAUCUGGCUGACUCUCCCACCCACGCCAGACCUACCAGCACCCAUCACCCACAAAACAACCCACAUCAACAAUGUUUCUCUCUGGAUGCAGGAGUACAACAAGAAAGCGGAUGCUAUCCCUAUUGUUAUGGACCAUGGCGGUCUAGGUUACUCUGCAUACUUUGGAUCCGUCAUCUCCCGUCUUAUCAAGCACGGAUACUAUGUCAUUGCUGUUGAUCGCCGAGGCCACGGUCGUUCAACCUUCAACAAGAACGAUAUCUUCACUUAUGAAGGGUUCGCUCAAGAUACGAACGAUCUGCUGAAGAGCCAUGGCAUCUCCGAGUACAACGUCGUUGGCUGGUCCGAUGGUGCCAUCACAACUCUCGCUGCACUCAUCGACCCUGUCAUGUCAGAACCCAUCAAGAAGGCUUUCAUCUUUGGAGGAUCAGCCAACCCCGAGCAGACCAACGCCACGUUCUCAAGUACAGAUAUCUUCUCGGAGUUUGUAUCUCGCUGCCGUACUGAGUACGCUGAACUACAGCCUCACGCCAACUUCACCCUCUUCGGCACCAAAGUUGCCACGAUGGAGGCUACACUUCCCCAGUUCACGGAUGAGCAGCUUGGAUCUAUCGAUGGACCGAGGGUUAUCAUUGUUGGGGCUGAGCAUGAGGAGGCUGUGAAUAGAGAUGUGCCGGAGAAGUUGCACAAGGCUAUCAAUGGGAGCCACGUCGAGAUUUUGACUGGGGUGAGUCACUUUGCGCCGCUUCAGGAUCCUGAUCAGUUCACCAAGGCUAUCGAGGAAUGGUUUGAAGCACCAAUCCCUUGA